CGGAUGAGAAUUGAGCUUACCUCUUCCCCCUCUCAACUCACAAUUUUUAUUUCUCGAUUCACAAAAAAAGUUGCGGUGAGAGAAAGAAGGAAAAACUUUGUCGCAUCUCUUCUUUCACGAACUCUAUUCUUUUCUGAGUUGUAAAGGAAUAUUCUUUAAAAUUUUUCUCUUUUGACGGAAAAGACCGUUGAAGAAGAAGUGAUUGUGUACCAUCUUCUUGGGAUCAGCGAGAUCGUAAAGGUUGUGAGAAUAUCUGGCCACUUGUAGGACUGGUUCGGCAAGCUAUAACCAGACAGCUAAGCACAGGUCCUUGCCUAUCGUUUAUUGGAAAAGAUUAUUCUAUUUUUUUGUUCUUCUUUGCCCAAUCUUAUACCACCCUGCAGCUGAAAGAACGGGGUGAAGAUGGGCAAGUGCUAUUCGUGUUUCCGCGCCCAAUUUACGCCCCAUGCCCAGGAUGGAAAGACUCAAGGUCUACCCCUUACGCCGACAAGAAAGCCGGCUAAGCCUGAGGUGCCUGGAGAAUUACCUCGCCCACCUAGCGUGGACAGUGGCAUUUCGGCCGAUGAAAGACCUGAAGAAGGAGUACUGGUUGUUCAAGGAAUAGAUUAUCACAUUGAUGAAAAUGUUACCGCCCACUUUACUGGUGACUAUGACAUAGUGCAGUCAGAUACCCCAAAUCUAGUCAUACGAAGGGGUUUUCCAUUUAAAUUGGGAAUCAAACUUAACCGAAGUUAUGACAAAGAAAAAGAUGUUGUGUGCAUUGUAUUUACUGCCAAAGAUGCUAAAAACCCCUCCUAUUCUCAGGGAAGCAUGAUAUUUUGUCCUUUGAUGGAAUUAGAUAAUUCAGUGUUGCCAUCUGACGGUUGGCAAACGAAACUAUUAGAAGGCGCAGAGGAGAACUCUGUUUUAAUCGAAGUAACGACAACUCCAAAUUGCAUUGUAGGCGACUGGAUAGUUGAUGUAGACACAAAGAUAAAGAGAGACAAAGAGGAAGAAGCUAAGAGCUUAAGAUACACUUCCAAAACACCCAUUUACAUACUUUUCAAUCCAUGGUGCAAACAGGACAUUGUUUACAUGAGCGAUAGUGAGCACAGAAAAGAAUACGUAUUGAAUGAAGGGGGUUUGAUUUGGAGAGGGACCAACAACAGGUUGCGCCCUUGUGUCUGGAACUAUGGACAGUUUCAAGAGAACAUUCUGCAAUGUUGCGUAUAUUUACUUGGUCAUAUCGCUAAACUCUCAAUUGUUGAUAGAUCUGAUCCUGUGAAAGUUGUCAGGCAUAUUUCUGCAGUCGUCAAUUCACCCGAUGACCACGGAGUAUUGGUUGGUAAUUGGUCCGAUGACUAUGGUGGCGGUCAAGCUCCCACAUCUUGGCAAGGGAGUAUUGCAAUACUUCAGCAAUAUUACAAGAAUAAGAAGCCCGUGAAAUACGGUCAAUGUUGGGUCUUCUCUGGAGUUGUAACAACUGCCUGUCGAGCUUUGGGUAUUCCAUGCCGUUCUGUCACUAAUUUCGCUUCUGCGCAUGACACUCACAAUAGUUUGACAAUUGAUUACUUCUACAAUGAAGAUGGAGAACCAUUAGAAAAACUUAAUAUCGACUCUGUGUGGAACUUCCAUGUAUGGAAUGAAGUAUGGAUGGAACGUCCUGAUUUGGAACCAGGUGGCUAUUCUGGAUGGCAAGCCAUUGACGCGACUCCUCAAGAAACAUCUGAUGGUCAGUAUCGUUGUGGACCUUCUAGUGUAGCAGCAAUCAAAAGAGGAGAGAUACAGAAACCUUUUGAUGGACCUUUCGUCUUUGCCGAAGUGAAUGCAGAUAAAGUAUACUGGAGGUACCGCGGAAAGAACAAUCCUCUGAAACUCAUCAAUAAGAAGACUGAAGCAAUCGGCCAAUAUAUAAGUACAAAAGCUGUUGGGCGAUAUGAACGGGAAGACAUCACUGAUGAAUAUAAGUACAAAGAAAGCAGCAAAGAAGAACGGGAAGUCAUGUUGCGAGCACUUCGACAAUGUGGCAACGUAUUCUCGCGUUAUUACUUAAAUGAUGAAUUUGAAGAUGUUCAAUUUGACUUCCAACUGUUAGAUGACAUUGUAAUUGGGAGUCCUUUCAAUGUUAAACUUACCGUUAAGAAUAAGGGAGUUGAGAAUAAGACUUACACUGUAAAAGGAGCCCUUGCUGUUCACACAACUUUCUAUACAGGGCAGUUAAAAGAAUCUGUGAAAAGAGAAAAGUUUAAAGUGAAAGUGUCUGAAGGAACAGAACAAGAAGUUACAAUGCAAGUGUCUUAUGAUGAUUACGAAAAAGAUCUCGUCGACCAGGGAUCCUUUAACAUGAUAGCCAUGGCUGAGGUAGUUGAAACUGGUUUCGAUUACUUCGCUCAGGAUGACUUUAGGGUUAGGAAGCCCGACAUCAAGAUUGAGGUGGAAGGCGAACUAACCCAAGGCCAAGAAUUAAAAGUCACAGCCAAGUUGAAAAAUCCGUUACCAAAAAUUCUUAAGAAAGGUUUCUUUGUGGUUGAAGGUCCUGGUUUAGGAGAGCCACUAAAACUGAGAGUUAAAGGAGAUGUGCCUGUAGAAGGGACAGCUGAAGUAACUUGCACUAUGACCCCCAAGACUUCAGGUGAGAAGAACAUAGCAGCUAAAUUUUGGUCACGUGAGCUUGAUGACGUCGAUGGUUACGUAGUCAUUGACAUUAAAAGCAAGCAAGAGCCAGAGGACGCAAAACCCACCGAAAACAACGACACCCACUCUAACGCUUCAACUGAAGUAACUGCUGAAGAUAACAAUACCCACUGAAAACUGAUUCCAAUAAACUGAGCGAAUCACUGAACGUUUUUAUGUCGAACAAAAAUAUAUUGCAUUUGAAGAAUCUCGGUGAAAUGUGAAAUGAAAAAUAUUUUAAUGACGGAAUGAUUUAGAAAGUGAAUUCGAAAAGUGCCUUAUUUGUAAAAGAUUGUGUACUUGUAUAUUAUGGUGAAACUUUAAACGAACUUAAGACUGAUUUUGGUAAAAGGAAUGAUCUAGAGAACUAUUAUAUUUUUUAUAGUGUUGUAUUUUUUAAAUGUAUUUUUUGCAUCGAGCUGCCUUAAUUGUAUUGCUUUGUGCUUGUCUGUGAUGUUUUAAUUGUUCAGCUUUCGUGGCUAAAGCAAAAAUAUGAAUUGUAAAUAAAUCAUAUUUUAUAUGUUUUCAUCAUUUUAUGAGUUUUCAAAUGCAGCAUAUUUAGAGUUGCAGUCUCUAUAGAGAAACUUAAUGCAUAAAUUGAAAUCUUUGAAUUAAAUUGUUUUAGCCUAAAAUGGAUUAACUGAAAAUCAAUAUAAUUUCAUAUGAUGGUCUGUUAUUUAGUUUAGUUUUAUAUUACAUGCAGGGUUUUUUGUAACUCUAAGUAAAUAUAUUUAGAAUCUUUUUAAAAAAAGGCCUAGUUGUAACCAAUAGGGGGGGGGGGGUCAAAUUUUUUAUUUAUUUAUAUAACGAAAAAUUAAAAGCAUUAGUAAAAUUUUAAUGAAUUACUUUGGGGGGAAAAUAUGAGUUGUAAAUAAUCAUAUUUUAUAUGUUAUGUCAUUUUAUGAGUUUUCAAGUGCAGCGUAUUGAAAGUUUAUAUAGCUAAACUUAAUGCAUAAGUUAAAAUCUUCCAAUUGAUUUUUUUAAACCUAAAACGAAUGGCCUGAAAAUAAUUAAUUAAAAUUUCCCAUGAAGAUCUGUUAUUUCCUUACUGCAUUAUCAGUUUUUUAGUGUGUUUUCAUUUUAUAUACAGGGUUUUUCUUAACUAUAAAUAUAUAUCUUUAGAAUCCUUGGUGAAAAAAGGUCUAUUUGUGACCAAUGGGGGGGGGUUUCAAUGUUUUUAUUUAAAUGACGUAAAAGUAUUAUUAAAAUGUAAGAAAUUAUUUUUAAAGAAAGCGAAUUUAAAAACAUUUAAAACAGUUUAAUUAUCUCAGAAAAUUGAGAAGGGGUAAAAGUAGAUUAUAAUUAUAUUGGACAAUCAAACUGGUUCUGAUUUUAUUUCAUUCUGUCUUUCUAAAUAAAGGGAUCAGGUUUUAAAAAACAUUAUUCUUUUUUACUCCCAUAACGACAAAACUGUUUUGAUUUUUUUGGUAUGAACACUAAAAGUCAUUUUUUAAGGAUUAUAAAAAUUUAUAUUAAUGGCGGCGAUAACGUAAUAGUCUGUUUAUCAAACCAUUGACUAGUUUAGAACUUUCAGUCUUAUUUUCAUUUUAGUUUAGAUUUCAUUAUCAUAUUUCUUCUUUAUUGUGUCUCUGUUUUAAAAAAGUAUUUCAUCAUUUUUUAACAAUAUUAGCUGUUUAAUACAUUCAUGUUUUUAUGUUGUAUUAUUAUUCUUGUAUUUUUGUUAUAAUUUCAAAUUGCUUCUUAAAGGCAACUAAAAUU